AUGAAGCAACAUCAACAACAACAGCAGCAGCAGUCUGUGGGUGUAUCAACAGCAGUAGCUGUGGAGAAUAAUCAGAGUCUGCCAAAUCAAGUACUCUAUGUGUGUGGUAAUUGUGGAAAUGAGCAGGAAUUGAAGUUAAUGGCGGAUGCUAUCAAGUGCAACCGAUGUGGACAUCGUAUCCUCUACAAGAAGCGUCAACGCCGUCUAGAAUCUUAUCCUCUUCUCGUCUUCUUCAGUGUAUCCCUUUUAAGAAUUACAUAUAUGCCAAGCUUUAGAGACGUUACUAAGAAGGCCGACGACCUGUUCAAUUCAGGUUAUUGUGAUGGAAAGGCAUGCGAGUUAGAGAAUAGUUCUAAGAAGGAUAAGCUCACCUUCAAGAAUAAGACCACUUUUGCUAAUUGUCCAUGUUAUUACACUACCACUGGUAACAACAACAACAACAGCACUGUUGCCAGUACUGAGAUUAAAUACACCAAUGCUAAUAUGGACAUCAUCUAUAAUAACACUACUGAUGGUAAAUCAACGAUUGAGGGUAAAUAUAAGGCUCUCCCAGUUGAUGGUCUAACCAUGUCUAGUAAGUAUGGACAUUGCAAGUCUGGUGAAGAUACUGCUAACAUUUCUGUCAAUUACAAGGGUGAUAUAUGCAAGCUCAAUCUCAAUAAUGUUAAUUACAAUCUUGAUAUGAAUGUUUAUGGUCCAAAGACAUCUCUAACAGAGAAUAUUGGUUGCGAGUUGUAUAAAGGAUUUGCUAUUGGUGGCGAGUUCACAUCACCUUUGAUUAAUGGUGCUAGUCUUAGAGGAUAUUGUCCAGUGGACUUCGAUCAUUCCAAGUUAUCCCUGGCUGUUGGUUACACUCAUAGUAACUACUUCUUGGGUGCUAAAACUCAAUAUGAUAUUACUAGUGGUAAUACUAACUUUACCGCAUCUAUCUAUUCAAAACAAGGCGAUCUAGAAGCCGCAUUACAGAGUAAAUAUACUCUUUAUGCUGACAAGCCUCAAUUAGCCAUUGCUGCUAAGUAUCGUCUCGAUGACAAGACUUCUCUUAAAGGAACUAUAUCUGAUGAUUUCAAGGCUCGUACUUUGGUUACCUACAUGUGUGGUGGUGGUGUUACAGCUAAUCUUGGUAUGAGUAUUGAUCCUAAGAAGAUAACUAAGAAUACUAAUGCUGGUGAUGCUUUCAAAUUGGGCACUAAGUUCGUAUUCAGUAGUUAG